AUGUCUAACUUUUUCAACCGACUGACUAAUUUCCUCGAUGAACGCAACCGGGAUCCUCGUAGACGCAUUGAGUUCAUUGCCGCUCGGGUGAUUGCUCGGAUGUCUAGAAUCACUGGAAAUACAAGGUGGUCGGAUGAUUAUGAUUGGGCAAAUACUUAUGCUAUGCUUUACUAUCGCAGGAUCACUCAAACUGCUAGAAUCCGAUCUAAAGAAAUUCCCGAUCGUCCUACAGCUCAGGGCGGCUGUCUUUCUGAUGGCCCUACGGAUCAGAAUGGCCUAUGGGAAAUGCCGAAUGUGCCCAACCUCACACGCUGGAGAGUUGAGUACGGUGAACGAAACGGUGUACUUGAGGCUCGGAUUGGCCAUGAAAUAAUAGCUAGUGACUAUGCUGCCGCUGGCCCAGAUCCUGAAGUCGAUCCUGAUUUUGUAUCUACGUUGAUUGCGCUCUACCACCGCACCCAGGGUACUACUAACAGCCUGCGUUAUUUCUUUUCCGGUUCUAUUCGGAACGAACAGACGCAGCGUCUUCAGAGGCUUAUGGACCUUGGAGGUGGUAGUUUCACAGUUCAUCGUACACACUUUUAUUUCGAGGACUUCAUGCGAACUGAGAUUGGGCGCUUUGUUAGAGCAAUUAUACACCAUGCCUAUCCUCGUGGCACACAUUGGGUUUCCCAGGUUGUAUGUGCCGAAAACCUAAACGCCCCAGGACAUUGGGAUAUUCGGUUUGAUAUCGAAGCUUUUUAG